UCCCCGUGCCAACAGGGAUGCCUACUCCGGCAUGGACACUCCAGGGUCCAAACGCAAGCUUUACAGUGCUGUGCCAGGAAGACACUAUAUGGUGGUCAAGUCUUACCAACCGCAGGGCGAGGGAGAAAUCGCUUUGUAUAAGAACGACAGGGUCAAAGUUCUCAGUAUUGGAGAAGGAGGAUUCUGGGAAGGCAGUGCCCGAGGGAAUGUAGGCUGGUUCCCAGCAGAAUGCGUGGAAGAGAUCCCAAGCAAACCCAACGAGGACAGGCCCUAUGCCCGGGCAGACCGAUCGGAGAGAAGGAAGCUCUUUCGACACUACACUGUGGGAUCUUAUGACAGUUUUGAUGCAUCAAGCGACUGCGUUAUCAACGAAAAGACGGUCGUGCUGCAGAAGAAGGAUAACGAGGGAUUCGGGUUCGUGUUGAGAGGGGCGAAAGCGGAUACUCCUAUUGAGGAGUUCACUCCGACCCCGGCGUUCCCUGCUUUGCAGUAUCUGGAGUCUGUGGAUGAGGGAGGGGUGGCAUGGAAAGCUGGCUUGAGGACUGGAGACUUCCUCAUCGAGGUGAACCAGGACAAUGUCGUCAAAGUGGGCCACAAACAAGUGGUCAACAUGAUUCGUCACGGCGGCAACCACUUAAUUAUCAAAGUGGUGACGGUCAGUCGAAAUCUAGACCCUGAUGACACGGCUCGAAAGAAAGCGCCCCUGCCACCACGGAGGGCUCCCUCCACAGCCUUGUCCAUGCGUUCAAAAUCUAUGACCUCAGAGCUAGAAGACCUAGUGGAUAAAGCCACUUUGAGGAAAAAGAAGGAUAAAGUGGAUGAGGUCGUGCCCCCCCAGAAACCCAUGUGGGACAACUCAAAUGCAGAUGUGAGGGUGGCGGCAGUCAAAUCACAUCCGACUAGCAAGUGUUUUGCUGUCAGCCCUGAAAUGAAUUCUCUCUGCAAUAGUCAGGAUACAGCAGUAGACUCGCCGCAACAGCCAGGGAGUCCUAGAGGCCCCUUUCUGGGUGUACCAAAGGGAACCAUAAGGCGGCAAACAUCUAUAGGAGUAACCGAAGAAGAGAAGCAGUUCCUUACUCCUCCAAUGUUGAAAUUUACAAGAAGCCUUUCAAUGCCUGACACAUCAGAAGAUAUUCCACCACCACCAGCCAUCUCCCCUCCAUCUCCACCUAAUAAUAAUGCUCCUGUCCCAGCUGGUCGAGGAUAUGGCACCAUCAGACCAGGCUUUACUUCACAGAGUCCUAAUGCAAACAGUACAGCCCCAGACAGAGGUGAAGUUGCUGGGUGGAGAGAUCAAGGCAUGUAUUACAGAGACAGUCCCGAACAGUACGAUUCCGAGGGGUACAAUCACAGCCCAACAGCCCAACAGAGUCUUCAUAGGCGCCGUGCCCAAAUUCCUGAAAACCCUUACUCGGAUGUGGGCAAGAUGGGUCAAGCUGGACUCUUUGUGCCCAACAAGCCUGCCAGAAGGAAGGGAAUGCUUGUCAAGCAGUCCAACGUAGAAGACAGUCCUGAGAAAACCUGCUCCAUCCCGAUUCCGACCAUAAUAAUCAAAGAGCCCUCCACCAGCAGCAGCGGUAAGAGCAGUCAAGGUAGCAGCAUGGAAAUUGAGAUGACCACACCGGAUCACCCAGGACAACUGCGUCCUGAAGAUGGCUUAAAUCCAGGCAGUCCCUUUGCAGCUGCCAUUGCCGGUGCAGUUAGAGACAGGGAGAAGAGGAUUGAUGCUCAUCGCAACUCCCCAUCUUUUAAGUCAACAGAUGCAGGUGAUGAGGACGUGGUGCCUACACCAGCCCCACGUCUCCGACACUCCAAGUCUAUUGAUGAGGGCAUGUUUAGCAGCGAUGAGCGGCUGCGUAGGCUCAUGGCACCUCCCUCAUCACUACUUAGCAUCCCUAGAGGUGGUGGUAACGUGACGGACUUCAACAGCCCUGAGCCCACCAUGGUAAGGGAACUGUUGAACACCCGUACAGGACACAGCCCGAUCAGUCUGCCUGCUCAUAAGACCUACAGCUCAGGAAGUGGGAAUUACGUUCACCCAGUAACAGGCAAGCCACUAGACUCCAAUUCACCGUUAGCUUUAGCAUUAGCUGCCAGAGACCGAGCCAUGAGGGAGCAAUCACAGCCUCUUCCGCUAAAGAGUGGCCCAUCCAAACUUGAUCUCAAUAAACCGCUUUUUAUCGACACCAAGCUUAGACCAAAUGUGGAGGUUGGCUUCUCAAGUACCGCUACCAUGGGCCGUCCCCGCGGGGGCCUGCGGAGGCAGAUGACGGAGUCCAAAUAUGAGACUGAAUCCAAGUAUCAGCUCGAUCUGGGCAAGCCUGAGAAGAGGCCUGAGGAGAAGAAGAACAUGCUGAUUGACAUUGUGGACACUUCUCAGCAGAAGUCAGCUGGUCUGCUGAUGGUACACACCACAGAUGGGGCAAAAUCGGAGGAUAACAGCUUGUCAGAGGGCGACAGGGACGAGGCAAUGAGUACCGACAACACCCCUGGGGAGCUUCGCGACCCCAACCAGCCAGCUCCCACCAACCCCCCAGCUCCCAAGGCGCUAUCAGCUGCUCCACAUGGCAAGACCAUCAUAACUGUUAGCUCAGUGGAUGAGCCCGUCAAGUUGCCCUUUGGCAUCCCUCUGCCGCCCUUGGCCUCUGUCGACAUCGAUGAAGAUUUUGUGUUUGCUGAACCCCUACCACCCCCACUGGAGUUUGCCAACAGUUUUGACAUUCCUGAAGACCAGGCGGGGACUAUAGCUGAACUGUUCAAACAUAAAACAAAUGGUACAAAAGGGCCUUCUCUUGCUCCCUAUUAUCCCUCGUUAGGUGGUGGGAAUUCCGAAAUCAAGAGACCAACCGUCCUCACAAACUGCACACCUCCCAGCUUCCCUCCUGGGCCGCUAGAGCCCUAUGAACAGAUCACUGACUCGGGUAUUGAGGUAGACAGCCGGAGCAGCGGUGACCCCCAACUGGAGACCACCAGCACCAUCUCUACUGUGUCCAGCAUCUCCACCUUGUCUUCUGAAGGAGGCGAGACUCUGGACACAUGCACCAUCUAUGCAGAUGGACAAGCCUUUUUGGUGGACAGGUCUCAGAUCCUGUCCAAACCAAAACCCAAACCUGCCAUCAAGAGCAAUGCACUUUACAAGGACGCUUUGCCUGAGGAGAAUGUGAGCUCUUUCAGAAUGCCCUCCUCUGUCCCACCUCCGCCCCCUGGAUCAAUUACACCAGAACCCUUGAAAACCCCAACACAACGAACCUCAAAGCUGUGGGGGGACCCUCUGGAGAUGAAAGGACCCCAUGGCCCUGAAGCCAAUUCAGUUCUGCAGCAUGUGAACAAGGACAAAGCACCAAAGCCAGGGGAAGCGUUAGACUCUCCGACCGGAUCCAGGACUCACUUCGGAACGAGAAAUCAGGAUGGUGUAUCCCUCAUCUCAGGUACACAGCAGAACAACACCGUUACCUUCACUGCCCAGCCUGGCCCCAACGUGCCUGCCCCGUCACCGUGCCGACAGGCCGAGAGCCUGCCUCCCCACCACCACACCCCGAGCCCUAUCAUGUCCCCGCCGGACUCUGGCCUCAGCUGUGCCUCUUCCCUUCCGACCUCGGCCACUUCCCCCACCAUGACGGACGUAUUUGGUCUGCCCACACCGCCCCUCAGCCUGGGCACGGGACGUAGCCGUUCCCCUUCCCCGCUCACCCUUAUCCAGGCUGCAUCAAACAAGCCCUUUGCCACCAAACCCGUCCUCAUAUGGAGCAAGCAGGACGUGGCUGACUGGCUCGAGAGCCUGAACCUGGGCGAGCACAGGGAUGCCUUUAUGGACAAUGAUAUCGAGGGCAGCCAUUUGCCCAACCUGCAAAAGGAGGAUCUGAUCGACUUGGGCGUGACUCGUGUGGGUCACAGAAUGAACAUCGAGCGGGCGCUGAAAGUCCUCUUGGACAGAUGAGACUGGGCAGACGUCCUUACCAGGACUCCGCGCAUCUUGUUCAUAAGCUUCUUUUUCCCUCUUCCCUUAUUUCGGUUCACUAAUUUGAACAGUUUGUUGUCCUAUCAUGCUUUCGGUGGAUUUUAGGAACUCUCACAUCCUGAAGAAACUCAAGCGUUCAAAAUAUCCGCGUAAGCACAAGCGGUUCCCUGCGUUUCUGUUCCAAGAGCUCCAGCACCAGAGAGGACAUUGAAGCCAACACACUGUAUGGAAACUACAAACAUGAGCUGACUAUCCUUUGGCUUUUAAGGACUUUGGCCUCCUUCGAAUGCACUGAAACCAGCAGAGCUGGGGAUCCAUUUUCUAUCUUUGCUAAGACAAUUCUACAGAGAAUAUUUCUUCAGGAAAAAAGGGAACCUUUGUCUAUGUAUCAGCUGCCUAUGAAAUAAAUAUCUUGCUUUUUUUUUCCUCCUACACCUUCGACCAAGAGGUACACGAAUCUCGGAGAUGUGAUCAGCGGGCAUUUAGAUGUCCCUCAGUUAAUUCGCUGACAGUUCUAGAAGGGCCGUGGUCACUUGAAAACACAGAGGUCAAAUCUCCCUAUAUGCGAACAAACGUAACCGUAGCAAGCAACAGGUCUCUCCACCAUCUUAAAUCUUCAAGUCUUGUAAUACGCUAACAUUGGAUGUUUGUCUGAAUUAUCAACAAUUCUCUUGGGUCUUUGAAUUGUGGUUUACUAUUAGGUGUCUUCCAUAUGGUAAGGAGGUCUACGGCAUUCCCACCAACAUUUUAAUUUGUACCUUUAGUCGAUACUAGUUUGCAUUGUUGCUCAGCGUUGCUAGUCAGUAUUAAUUUCCAGCGGAUUUGAUUUGGAAUAAUGGGUCUUCACAGGAACACAUAUGAUCUGAAAUACUGAGGUUUAGUUUCAUGGGUGAAUGGAAAAUAAUUGAAUUGAAGUAGAAACUGACAACUCUCUUUGUCAAAUUUGACAGCUUUGAGUUGAACGCUGACACAAUCACUCUGAAAGGGCCAAUAUGUAUCUGUCUUUUGCUUUAAAAAUGUGAUGAAUUUUUCAUUUAAUAAUUUAUUUUUAUGUACGGUAUUUAUUUUUUGUAAUUAUAAUUCGCUAAAUCAUUUGAUUGUUGGGUGGUAAAAAGGAACGUCCAGAAAACUACAGGAAACCUCCUUAAUCUAUACAUAUCAAUGUCGUCAAUUGUAACUGAUACAGGAGUUCAUAUCUGUAAAUUGUUGAGUAUUUUUUUUAUUUUUAUUUUUAUUUUUUUGCAACUAAACCUGCAACUGUCUACAACACAUUUUUAAGCAAAGUGCUUUUACUUGUCCUUUAAUUUUAUGUCCUGCAAUCCUUUUGCUUUGCUCAACAAUUGGAAGAAGUUAUGAUUUUGCUGUCUUAUACUACGUUAUUAAUUUAAACAUGUAACUGCAAUGUGUGCCUAUCCGUGUUACAAUUUGACACACCACACCAUCUUUAGGUCAUUUGAAGUUUAGUUGUGAUCUUUUCAUUGUUAGACACUCGUUUCUCAGAGAUUUAUCAAUUUCAUCAGACUGUAAAUGCCAUAAAAUCCCACAGGUAUGGCAUCGGACUAGAGAUAAUAUUCAUAUUUGUGAUUAAAACAUCACAGAGACACGAAGUGCCAGCCAGCAUUAUACAUUUCACAUUCAGUAUUAAGUUCAAUGCACUGUGGGUAACGCCGGCGAUAGAUGAGAUAGAGAAUGGCUGUGAAUGAAGUUAUGACCGUUUAAAGUAUGCAGUGAAGAGAUUCAGAAAUAAAUUAUAUAUAUGUUUGCUUAUCUCUCGACCAUAGAGGAGUUAGAGUUAUCAUCUCUAUAUAUCUUAUUUUAGGAAACAGCACAGUAUUUUAAAGAUUUAUAGAAAUAUUUAUGAAAUUUUUAUGACAUUUAACUCUGAUAUGUGGUGUGCCAAAAAUCUAUGUGGUAUCAGUUAAGAAGCAAUACACCAAUUUAAAGAACACUGUUUGGUCUUUCUUUGCCAGUAUUCCACAGUACAGUAUAUAAUAUGAAAUGAAAUUUACAUAUACAUAGGUCUCAAUUAAUUAGAAGAUAUGAAAAAUAAUGAGAUAAUGGCUGUCACCUGCUUCUUUUAGACUAUGUAAUUAAAGAAAGAAGUUAAAAUGUAGUUGUGUGGUGUGUAUACUUGACG